CUCAGAUGGUGUUUUUUGGCUACAUGGUGUUCAGCAUAGUGCUCGGGCUCCUGGCUGACCGGUAUGGCCGCUGGAAGAUCCUGUUGCUCUCCUUCCUCUGGGCAGCCUAUUUCUCCCUGCUGACCUCGUUUGCCCCAUCCUACAUCUGGUUUGUGUUCCUGCGGGCUAUGGUAGGAGGUGGUGUGUCAGGCCACGCGCAAGGACUUAUCAUAAAAACUGAAUUUUUGCCCACCAAAUAUCGGGGAUACAUGUUGCCCUUAUCCCAGGUGUUUUGGUUGGCAGGAUCCUUGUUAAUCAUUGGCCUGGCAUCAGUGGUGAACCCAACCAUUGGCUGGCGGUGGUUGAUCAGAAUUGCCUCCAUCCCUGGCAUCCUUCUCAUCCUGGUGUUCAAGUUCAUCCCAGAGUCGGCACGGUACAAUGUGUCCACGGGAAACACGGAGGCUGCGCUGGCCACGCUGCAGAGGAUAGCCAGGAUGAAUGGGGCGGCCGUGCCAGCGGGGCAGCUGAGGGAGCCUGCCAAGGAAAGAAGGGGAAGAUUCAAGGACCUUAUCCACCCCAAAUACCUCAGAACCACUUUGCAGAUAUGGAUCAUAUGGCUUGGCAUAGCUUUCGCUUAUUACGGCGUCAUCUUGACCAGCGCCGAGUUGCUGGAGCGGGACCUUGUCUGUGGCUCUGCAGCCCCACCGCUGCCGGACUCCAGCGAUGACUCUGAGGAGAGCCACAGCCCCUGCCACUGCCGCUUGUUUGGGCCUGCUGCCUACCAGAGCAUGAUCAUCAGCACAGCCGGAGAGAUCGCACUAAAUCCCGUGAACAUUCUCAGCAUCAAUUUCCUCGGAAGGCGUCUAAGCCUGUGUAUCACCAUGGGAUGUACAGCUCUAUUCUUUCUUCUCCUUAACAUCUGCACCUCAAGUGCAGGCAUAGUUGGCUUUCUCUUCAUGCUGCGUGCCUUGGUUUCAGCCAACUUCAACACCAUCUACAUUUACACAGCAGAGGUUUAUCCCACCACAAUGAGAGCACUGGGGAUGGGGACAAGUGGGGCAUUAUGCCGUGUAGGAGCAAUGGUGGCUCCAUUUAUAUCUCAAGUACUUAUGAGCACUUCCUUCUUGGGGGCCCUGUGUCUCUUCUCCUCCGUGUGCAUCAUCUGUGCCAUCUCUGCAGUCACACUGCCCAUCGAGACCAAGGGCAGGGCCCUGCAGGUGGGUACCACCACUCCAGGAGCUCCUGUGGCUCUAAAUGCUCUUAGGGACUUGUAGGUGAUGAUGCAGCCAGAAUCCAAACCUAGCUCUCCUGAGGUUUCUCAAGCCUGAUAGGCACUCACAGGAAUGUGCUGCUGCAGUAUCUUGAAGCACUGUUAUCCCAGUUGCCCAAAGCUUGUUUUGUGAAAGAACAACCCAGGCUGCCAGCCCCAGCCACCUCAUGUAAGCAGGUGAGCUUUAGCUUGUGCAAGCCCCUCUUUACAUCUCUCUCUAAACCUGACCUGAAGGUGCAGCUUCCCAGGCACAUGCUCUGCUUUGCCGGUGCUGCAAGGAGAGAGGAACAGCAGAGGGCAUCUAAAUUACCAAAGUAAUUUCUUAAUCAAAUUCAAGGCCCCUUCAUUGGUCCAUCAGCUAAACCCUUGUGGUCAGUGUUUUCUGUAAAGCAAUUAGCCAAAACACUAAGCCCCAAAGACUAAGGGGGAAAGCUUAAAUUUAGCAGUCUCCCACGUACAAGUCACACCAGUUUAAUUAGAGGAGGUGGUGAGCAGUCCUGUUAUUCCAAUAAAUUCAUCUAUCCCAGCAUAGAUUUUCAUGGCAUGCAGGAGCAUGGCCACACCACUCUGUGUCAGUCUAGUCUGACCUAUAUAGAAUACAAAACCAUAGGCUAAGAAUAAUCCAUAUUCUUUAGCAGCCAUAUUCUUAGUAAUCCAUAUUCUUUAGGGCAUGAUAGAUGUUUGAUCAAAUUCAUUUAUGAGGGCUUCCAAACCAGACUUCAAAAAAACCCAUCCCUUCAAACAGGGAUUGCCUGUCAGAAGCGAGAUCUUUUAGACAUAUCCAAACACAUUAUUUUCCAUAUCCAUUCCUGUUGAGGUUUAUGUGCAUUUUAUUAAUUUAAUGUAUUAUUUUUUUCUUUCCCCCUUUUUAGCAAGUGAAAUGAGAGUGAAUGUUUGAUGUUGGAUUGGGUAGAAAAGAAAUAUAAACCCCUGGAAUCUGUCACUUCCUGAGUAAGCUGUAUUUGAUGUUGAUUACUUCUCCAUUCCAUUUCUAUUAUAACAAAAUGCAACCAGUGUAAUAGCUAUGAUUUGUGUAGACAAAAAGUAAAUUUCUC